AUGAGCGCUUCUCUGAAAACCACACCGCAUCCUCCGUCUCCGUCUCCUUCUUCUCUCCAAGAGCACCACACGAUCCCACCUCUGAUAAUAUCCGACUGUUCGCACGUGAAAGACACGCUCUCUUGUUUACUCCACACGAUACUCUUUCAACGGUCGCUCGGUCCGAUUUCAGUCCGCGACUGCACGUGCGACUUUUGCGACGUGACGUAUUGCCAGGCGAAAUCAGCGUCAAAAUCAAAAGGAGGAGACGAUAACGACUUCGUCGUUGGGAAAUACGUGGAUGAUAAGAUUCAGAGAGUGAUUGAACACUGCAUGCAGAUGGCGGUUUCAACGAAUCAUCGAGUCAAAGAGGUGACAGUUUUGUUGCACUUUUACGAGAAGACCAUGACGACGACGACAAAGAAAACGAGCAAAAACAACAGCGCGAGUAACAGUCACAACAGCAGUCCUCGCGGCGGCGCGGGGACGUCGUCGUCGUCGUGGAAAAAUGGCAUUUCCGGCGGCGGCGCGACGAUUCAGACGAGCUCGUUGACGAAUCGAAUGCGCAACGAGGACAACGCGCAGGCGAAGAAGUUUGGACGAAAGUGGGAGACGUGGCAGAUUUCUUUGGAGAUGUGGGACGAGGACUCGUUGCUGGUCAAUUCGAGAGGAGAGUCGAUGGAGAAGCAACGCGAGCGCGCCGCGAAUGACUUGGCGGAGACGUUGAGUGGGACGAUGACGCAUAUUUUAGCUCUGUGCGAGGAGAAGAAAGAGCACGUGCCGGCGGUGACGACGGAGAGGAUGCCGAGUUUUCCGUUUGAAAUCGAACUGGUCGAGAUUGACGGGUUGAAUAGUCGGGGCGGGAGCGGGAGUCAAGGCGGGGUGUUUUCGAGCAGUUUUGGGAUGCUGAAGAAGUUGUUGAAAGACUCCACCCCGACGCAGUUGAUUUAG